GACUUGUCGACCUUGGCCGUGCCGUCAAUGGUUUCUCUGGUCGCGACGACAACGCCACCGCAGCAGACGACACCAAAGGGCUACCGCAAGCGUCUGAUCCAGUCCGUAGCCUCGGAGUCGCAGCGAGUUAGCCAGCUGCUGGCGGAACAAGCGGCUGCGGCUGCUGCAGCGGCAAUGGCUGCCGAAGCGGCCGAAAGCGGCAAGUAUGGCGGCCAGGAUGCGGACACUGGCGUCAGCCCAGGGAGGGAGACGAUAUCUUCGAGCGAGCGGGCUGCCACGAAGCUGGUCUCGCCCCAGGCGCCACCUGCUGGUGAUCUGACCAAGUCGCACAGCAGUGGAGAUGGCGAACAAGCUAACUCAUCUGUUGUCCCUGCGGCUGCCCCGAAACGGAGGAAGAAAGCCAAAUCAAGCGGAGGAGUGAGGGUUCGAGCUCCGCCUAAGAAACGCGCUAAGAUGGAGCUUGCCGAGCUGGAGAAAAUGAUGAGAGAGGAGACGGAGGAAGAAGAUGAAGAGGAGGAUUCAGGGUUGGCUGGCACGCCCUCUGCGGGCGAGGCGCUGGUUCAAGCAGGAACUCCCACGAAAGAGAGCGAGCGGCAAAAGCACGUGGAGCUGCAGUCCCAGCAGACGACUUCUGGUCGGCGAGCAAAGCUACCGUACAAAGAAGGGCGGCGCGCCCGGUGGAUCAAGAACGACCGUCUGACGCACCUGGUCAUUCAGCUGAGCGUCUGCGCCCUGGACCUGCCGGAGGGGGACAAGCGACACUACCAGUGCCGGCUAUGUAGCAACGAGUUCAUGGUGCCCCGCCGCUGCAUCUCGCACGUCUUGACCACCCACAAAAUCCCGGAAGAGGAAGUCCUCGACAACAUCUCUGUGCGCAGACGUGACGGGGACGACAGUGAUCCCACGAUGUGCGACAUCUGUGGCUACAAGAGUCGUGAUGGCCAUACAUACUACCUUCACUACCACAAAUACUUCAAACAUGGAGUGCCUUUACCCAAGGGAUGGAGUGUGUACAAGUGUGACGUGUGUGGAAAGGAACUUUUUACUAAAUUUCAGCUCAAGGACCACAAGCGCGCGCACGAGGAGAAGACGCCGUUCGUGUGCGAAAUGUGCGGCAAGGGCUUUCAGACGCGCACGUGCCUGCACAGCCACGUCUUCCACCGCCACAACAAAGAAAAAAAGCACUCGUGCGACAAAUGCGAAAAGACGUUUAAAACCAAGACGCAGCUGCAUAUGCACAUUCGCACGCACACCGGUGAGAGGCCGUUCGCCUGCCCGCAGUGCACCUACCGUUCCACAACCCGCGGGAACAUGCGCAUGCACCUCGUCAACAGGCACAAGAUGGCGCCCGAGGUAUCACGUGACGUCAUGCAGGACGUCAAGCCCGACACGGACCCUGCGGCUGCCGCGCGCGCGCAGCAACUGAUGGCGAAAGCAGAAUCUCAACGACCGCCAGAGACAGUAAUAACGGAUGUGUUCGGCCAGCCAGCCGAAACAAAAGGCCGAACGAAAACCAGAAGGAGGAAGAAGAAAGAAUCUUGCAGCACCAAGGGUAGCAACGAGAAGUCGGCCUUGCCAGGGAUCGCCUGCUUGCCGGAGAAGCUCGGGGCAGACAUAGAGUCGAGCGACAUGGAGCAAUUCCUCAAAACCGCCACAGACGACAGAGCGGUCGACGAGGACAUUGCUUUGCGCAUGCGCAUGGAUGAGGAGGGAGGAUUCCCGGAGGUGGAGGAGCAGCUAGUGAGUCGGGCCUACAUGAUGCUGGUGCCGGCCGGCGGCGGGGCCGGGGCAGGUGCGGACGACAGCAGCAAAGGCGAGGACGGCAACAACGUCAUAACGCUGCAAGCCACGGGUGGCCUACCCACCGCGGGGCUAGGACUAGACGUACCCGGGGAGGUGGCCACCACCUUAGCUCUCCUCCCGCCAGGGCUGGAGUCCGUGUUCUAUGCGCACCCGCCCAGCAGCCUGCCUACCUCAGCAACCUCAGCCACCACCGCCACCGCCAUCAUCGUUCCGGAGAAUCUCAUGCACACGUUCCAGCAGCAGCACCAUCCGUGCUUCUACACUCACCACCACCAGCAGCAGCAACAGCAGCCGUUCGCUAGCUUCACCGUGGUGGGAGCGGCGACCACCGCCGUGCACCCGCUGACCUCCCACGAUCUGGUCAUGCAGGCGACGACCCUCAACCCUCACGCUGUCAAGGGAGACGACCACUUAGUCGGGGUGGACGGAGGGGUGGUUGAUCUAGGGGGUGUGGAAGUGCAGGUGGUGGAAGGCGGGGCCUUGAGGCAGGGGGAGCUGGCGCUACAGCAGGUGGCUUCGGCCGGGGGGGCAGUCUCAUCCUCCUUCGUCCAGCAGUCCAUCGUCACCUGCCCGGACCCCCCACACGCCCCCCAGGUGCACCUGUACAUGCAGCACUCCCCCAUCAGCCCCCCUGCCCCUCUUUCGCCAACGCCGACCUACGACGCCAUCACCCCGACCCCCGCCGCCUUCAAGCAGGAGUCCGACCCCUUCCACGACCCACUGACGUCAGUGGCGAGUGCUGCAGCACUGACUGAUCAUUCUCAAGCACAGCAACAGCAUUACGAGGCCAGCCUGCUGCAGGUGUACUACCAGCAACAGCAGCAACAACAGCAGCAACAGCAGUUCUAUUCCCAGAACUAUUGACAGUUACUAAAUCCGGCUCAGUUCUUUAGUGUGUGGUUUAUUAACACACCAACUGCUACUGAGAGCUUAGUAUUUUGAGAUUUUUCAGUCGAGUUUGUUUGCUACUUCACUAUUUUGAAAAUGUAAUCAUAUCUGCUACAAAACAUUACAUAAGAGGUGCCUGUUUUGUAACGGACUGAAAAAAAUUACCUAAGAGGUGCAUGUUUUCUAAUUGGGUAAAAGAGAAUUGCAUAAGAGGUGUGUGUUUUUGGCUGAAAAGCAUUACACGAGGUAUGUGUUUUGUAACGGGUUGCCUUUAAUAGAUAAUCUUUUUUUCUUUUAUUUCUAGUGCAGAAAAAGUUAAGUGUUACUGAAGUUAGUUUGUCGAAAAGAGGAAACCAUGAAAUUUUGGAAUAGGACAGAGAAAGUGAUAGAUGUUUCGAAAACCAGCCGAGUAUUUAAGCUUCUAUUUAUUCACCUAAUAAUAAUAAUAUUGGUGGAAUUGCCUUUUCUAGGUGUGCAUGCUUAUGCUGGUGUAUAUAUAUAUGUGUGUGUGUGUGCGCGCAUUUGUGAUUGUGCGUGUGUGCUUUUUUUUAAUACCGAAAGCGAGUAUAUGUUACAUUUACCUGAAUAAUUCCUCGAAUUCUGAGGGCUGUUUGUUCAUUGAUUAGCAGUAUUGAUUUCGCUUCAUUUGCAAAUGUACGAACUAGUUAAUUUUAUGAAAUUGUUAAAAAUAAAAGUCUUUCACAAAAGUCUUAAA